UCUAUAUCUCUCUUUUUCUCUCUCUAUAUCUAUUUAUCUUUCUCUUUCAUUGUGUACACAGUACAUAUAACUACAGUUGCCCCCUCUUUAAGGAAAAAUAUCAGCCAAUCUCUCUACAAAUAUUUGUAGAAAAUAAAGCCGUAAAAGCUAACCAAACAUCAUAGAACUAUCAUGGUUUUCUAGGAUUGAUCAAACAUCAUAGAUAGAUUUUAAUUUAUAUAUAUAUAUAUACAAGAAAAAAGCAUAAAUCUCUUGUAACUAUUCAUACUGUGCCCUCUUUCUCCUAUUUCUUGUGAUCCUAGAAUUAUCAUUUUUGAAUCUCAGUCCACACCUCUAAAUUCUUUCAAAAAUGGCGAAAACUGAAGUCUAAUUGAUGCAUUUUUGUUCAAUUUCUUGAUCAGGAAUUUAUGUUUGGGUUGGAUACCCUUGAGGCUAACUGAAGCUCUCUUUCUUCUCCAUUUGAACCUAGAUCAGACGAGCAGUCAUGAACCCAACUCGAGAAAUGGACUCUUCAAGCACAGAAAUCACCAGUUUCACCAUUAACACGCCACCAAGCAAUAACUCAAUGGUGGGUUCACCUUCUGGCUCCUCCACCGCCGCCACAUCUCCGACAACACUAAGCCGAUACGAGAACCAGAAGCGUCGAGACUGGAACACCUUUGGCCAGUACCUUCGAAACCACAGGCCACCACUCUCCCUCUCUCACUGCAGUGGCGCCCAUGUCCUUGAAUUCCUCAGGUACUUAGAUCAGUUUGGAAAAACGAAGGUUCACACUCAGCUCUGUCCCUUCUUUGGGCACCCAGACCCGCCUGCACCGUGUCCUUGCCCCCUGCGCCAAGCCUGGGGAAGCCUUGAUGCCCUUAUAGGCCGCCUCCGGGCCGCCUAUGAAGAAAAUGGAGGCAAGCCUGAAGCAAACCCAUUUGGGGCCAGAGCUGUGAGGCUUUAUUUACGUGAAAUUCGUGAUUCGCAGUCAAAAGCUCGGGGAAUCAGCUACGAGAAAAAGAAACGAAAAAGGCCACUGCAGCAGCCGCAACAGGCUUUACCACCACCAAAUUCAAGCUAAUAUGGCCAACAUCUGCAUGAAAUUUGUUGCCAACUAUCAAAAUAUUACUUCCUAUAUAGUCUUAUCUACUAGCAAUCUUAGCCACUGCAUCACCUAUGAGACAUUAUGACAAAAAGGUACCUAAUAUUGCCCUUUAUAUGUAAGCUUUGUUAUUGUCUUUCUGCAAAAACUAUGUUCAUAUUUCAUGAAUAAUGUUGAUCUUUGUGCAAUAAUUUAAAUUUCAUGUUGCAAGUGACUGUUUUGUACUAGUGGCAAGUUAUAAGACUGUGACCAAAUUGUCUUGGAUUAUUAAGUUUCUGAUGACAAGUAAUAGAUUUUAAGCAUCA